AUGUCCCCCGGAUCAGCGUGUCAACGAUGCAGGCAGCGACACAUCAAGCACCAGUGUGAUGCGACAAGACCCAACUGCAAGCAGUGUGUGUCUAGUAAGCAUGAGUGUCCGGGAUACCCAGAGGACUGGAAGUUCAUCAACAAUGGGGCCAAGCCGCCUCGCAAGAGACAGAAGAGGCAAUCUAUACGAGAAGCCAAAGCGCAUGAUGCAAAGACAUCUACUGGGAAAAUAACCGAGACAAAUGAAGACGCUGUCAUAGAAAUCCGCCGCACCAACACGGUGUCGACCAGCCAGAGGCAAGAGCAUUUGGAUAUUUCGCCAUUGGAGUUCCCCAAAGCAUCCGAUGAUGCCCUACAUAACUUGGAUUCAUCUAUGCCCCUUCAGGUCGAAUUGGACUUCGAUCUCGGCGAUCAUCAUGUCAACGAAGCGAGUGUUGUUGGCCUGCAGCCUGGUCACUUCGGAGCUCCUUUACCCGCCCCUGAGGAAUCCCCGGGAUUGAUAUCCUCUGGAUCAACUGGCGAGUUUGAGAUGGGGCUUGCUGCUUUAGCCUCGGAGUUUAUGCUUGAGAGCGAACAGGAGAUUGUUUUCCUCCUCCGGCACUAUACGGACAAUCUGGCUCCAUGGUUAGAUAUAUUCGGAGACAAAUGCUUCUUCCAGACUUGUGUCCCUCGUCUGGUUGGGACUCACCCCGUGCUCAAAUACGCAAUAGCGGCACUUGCUGCUAAGCAUUUGAGCAACCUGGGCGGCUUCCGAGCUACUAACUGCGGCCCCAUGAGCACCCUGGCUUUGACGGAGCUUUAUCCCAGUGCAGGCAAUGUUGACUGGGCCUUCAAAGCUGCCAGCUACUACCAUCAAGCAGCUACACACUCGCAGGACUCGUCCCCGCUUUACACUACUGAAGCUAGUUUGAUCUUGACGGACGUUGCAGUGGCCAGCAAUGCUAUUUUAACCGUUUAUGAAAUGAUUGACUCGAAUUAUGAUGAAUUUUACACCCCUGCGGCUUCGGCCAGCUACUGGCACUGCUUGCCCCACGAUCUUCUUAGCUCAUAUGAUCAAAAAAGGAUAUCUAUACUGGAUUGUGAAAUCCCGUAUAACGGGCUGGGAGACUCCGACGAUCGGCUUAGUCUCAAUGAGCCUCCGUUCAUGACCAAGACACCCUGGGUGCAACUGUUUAUAUUGAUAACUCAAAUCAUUGACAAGUUUGCCACUAAUCCUAGCCGGCGUGAUCAUGGGACCAAGGAUGUGGACCGGAAUAGCAGCUGGGACUAUCUCUGGAAUGCCUUGGAUCGGUGGCACGCCCAACUCGAUAUACAAUUUGAGCCGUAUUCUCACUAUAAGCUUUCUAGCCAUUUGACACUCUCACAAGGCCUGGUAGAGCCGGUCUUUGAUGAGAUACUCUUUCCAUCACCAGUGUCCGCAGCGACGCUGUCAUACUAUCACUUUGCUCGCAUCCUUUUACUCCUGGCUAAACCGACCGACCAAUCAAACCCCCAGACGAUGCUGCUUUAUUACCGCGAGAUAUUGACGGACAUAGAGGACCAUUGUACAAAGAUAUGCGGGAUUGCAGCUGGCCGACCAGGCCCUACCGCUCGGAUACACUCAGUGCAGCCACUCUUCCUAGCUGGACAAUGCUUGGUGGAGCCACGAUUACGGACAGCUGUUGUUCAGCUCUUACAAGAUGUUGAGGCAGAUACAGGAUGGCCAACAGCAAGCCAUAUCAACAGGCUGCAUCAGGGAUGGAACAGGAAUACUCGGACAAAUUGA